GGUAAAAUUUUGGAGUUGGGUAAAAUUUCAUGUGAUUCAGUAAACAGAAUAUAAAUUCCAUCAUUGCUAAAUCAUCUAUAUGAUUCGAUGAAGAAUGAGCCAAUAAUGGGAUUUUUCGAUAAAUGGGAAAUUUAAAAUGCUCCGGGAUGGAAAUGAGGAAUGUCUACAAUACCUGGGUUUAAUCAGAUACAAUUUGAAGGAUUUUGUAGGUUCAUUGAUCAGGGUUUGACGGAAGAACUUUAUAAGUUUCCAAAAAUUGAAGAUACCGAUCAAGAAAUUGAAUUUCAAUUAUUUGUGGAAACAUACCAAUUGGUCGAACCAUUGAUAAAAGAAAAAGAUGCUGUGUAUGAAUCACUCACAUAUUCUUCUGAAUUAUAUGUAUCCGCGGGAUUAAUUUGGAAAACCAGUAGGGAUAUGCAAGACCAAACAAUUUUUAUUGGAAAUAUUCCUCUAAUGAAUUCUCUGGGAACUUCUAUAAUAAAUGGAAUAUAUAGAAUUGUGAUCAAUCAAAUAUUGCAAAGCCCGGGCAUUUAUUACAAGUCAGAAUUGACCAUAACGGAAUUUCGGUCUAUACCGGCACCAUAAUAUCAGAUUGGGGAGGAAAAUCAGAAUUAGAGAUUGAUAAAAAAGCAAGGAUAUGGGCUCGUGUGAGUAGGAAACAAAAAUAUCUAUUCUAGUUCUAUCAUCAGCUAUGGGGUCGAAUCUAAGAGAAAUUCUAGAG